AUGAAUCCCUAUGUCAACUGCUCCAGUUCCGAGUUCCCCCUGCCCCAGCAAGACUUCUCUGUGGAGCCCAUCAGCCCUGAUCUCAGCAACAGGACUCACCCAGAGACCUUGUUCGACCCUAAGGAUGCCAACCUGACAGAGGAGCAGCUGCGGGAUAAGUACCUGGGACCUCGACGGUCCAACUUCUUUGUCCCAGUGUGUGUCAUUUACCUGCUGAUCUUCUUGGUGGGGGCUGUGGGCAACACACUCACCUGCAUCGUCAUCCUCCGGCACCGGUUCAUGAGAACACCCACCAACUACUACCUGUUCAGCCUGGCCGUGUCUGACCUGCUGGUGCUGCUGCUGGGGAUGCCACUGGAGCUGUACGACAUGUGGAGCAACUACCCCUUCCUGCUGGGGGCCAGUGGCUGCUAUUUCAAGACGCUGCUGUUCGAGGCCGUCUGCUUCGCCUCCAUCCUCAACGUCACAGCCCUGAGCGUAGAGCGCUACAUCGCUGUGGUGCACCCGCUCAAAGCCAAGUACGUGGUGACCAGGAACCACGCCAAGAGGGUCAUUGUCACCAUCUGGGUCUUGUCGGUCGUCUGCUCCAUCCCCAAUACCAGCCUCCAUGGGCUGCAGCCUCUCUACGUGCCGGGACGGGGGCGGGUGCCCGAUUCAGAGAUCUGCACCCUGGUGAAACCACGCUUGACCUACAAUCUCAUCAUCCAGGUCACCACCAUUGUCUUCUUUUUCCUGCCUAUGGGGACCAUCAGUGUCCUCUACCUUCUUAUUGGCCUGCAGCUCAAGAAAGAAAAGAUGCUGGAAGCCUUGGGAGCCAAGACUGGCAGCAGCCACAGCUGCCACAACACCCAGGGGCAGAAGAAAGUCAAGAGGAGGCAGGUCACAAAGAUGCUGUUUGUGCUGGUGGUGGUGUUUGGGAUCUGCUGGGCUCCCUUCCACACCGACCGCCUCGUCUGGAGUUUUGUCUCCACCUGGACCAGCAACAUGCUCCACAUGUUCCAGUACGUCCACAUCAUCUCAGGUAUCUUCUUCUACCUGAGCUCGGCCGCCAACCCCAUCCUCUACAACCUGAUGUCCACCCGCUUCCGGGAGAUGUUCAAGGAGGUGAUGUGCCGCCCCGGCCACCGCCCGCCGUGGGCACGGAAGUACUCGCCCAGCGUCACCCGCACCACCACCCGCAGCACCGAGUGCGAGCCCGUGCCCGGCACCAGCGGGCUGCCCCUCUCUGACGCCGAGGAGUUCGAGCUGGAGGACAUGGAGAGGGGCCAGACCACCACCCACACAAUGUCCCUCUGCUGAAGAGAGGAUAGGGAAGGACUCUGGGACCAGCUUUCCUUGCCACCAGCAUCCAUCUGACUGUGGCACUUACUCUGUGGUGGGGAGCGGGGCAGGAGUGAUGGAGGAAUCCCAGCCUCUCUGUGCUGUCCCACUGGGAUGGAAAGGCUGGUUGUAUCAGCAGCACUGCUCCAGGGACACGGUGGCAGUGGCCUUGCUGUGCCCUGGAUGCAGCACCAGGCCUGGCCAAGGCCAGGGCAUCCCUUGUGGUGUGGGGACAGCUGACUUCUAUGUCAGGGAUAUGUCAGCAAUCCUUAAAAAUAUUCCAUCCCUCCUGGCCCAGUGGGGUGAACCCGCAGGUACUGGAGCUGGGGGCUUAGGCAUCCCAGGCUGCUUUGGGACACAGGAAUGGAUGGGUGCUCCCAGAAGUGUUUGCAGCUGGCCUGAGACCCAGGAGGGUGUGAGAGGUUUGCAUGGGACUGUGGAAAAAUCCCAUGGGGAAAAAAUGGUCUGUGGGUGCCUUCUCCCUUGAGACCUCUUCAGGGCUGUCUGGCAUAAAUGUGACCCUGAUUUUCUGGCAUGUUUCUUCAGUGGUGGUAGCUGGUGCCUGGCUGCAGGGUGCUGGUACAGCUCCUUGCUCCCAACCUUUUUCAUGCCCUGCAUUCCCAACCCCCUGAGGGCAAGAGAAGGAGCACGGCUGCUCCCUCCAGAGCUGGAGUCCAUGGGAGAAAAAUAUGGGACAAAGGGAUUGCCAAGCUGUCUGUAAUGCCAAAGCAGAGCUCCAUGACUGUCUGUGUCACAUGAAUAUGCUCCUCUCUCCUCUCUCUGACCAUCAUGUGGUGGGCGCCAAUCUCUUCUUCCUCUGCCCACCGUGGUCACCUGAACUUGUGGGGAAUGUGGGGAGCCCUCCUCCAUCCCUGCCCUGCAUGGGCUGAGCCUCAU